GGCGUCUCGGGGUCUGGACGCUGAUGCCACCGAUCGGGCGGGUAUGGAGGCGGCGCGCUGCGCACCCGGACCCCGCGGGGACAGUGCCUUUGAAGAUGAGAGCCUGAGGCUUCGGCAGCUGAAGCUGGACAAUCAGAGGGCACUGCUGGAGAAGAAGCAGAGAAAGAAGCGCCUUGAGCCACUCAUGGUACAGCCAAACCCAGAAGCCAGGCUGCGAAGGUUAAAGCCAAGAGGUAGUGAGGAACACACGCCGCUGGUGGACCCUCAGACACCUCGCAGCGAUGUCAUCCUACACGGCAUCGACGGUCCAGCUGCUUUCCUUAAGCCAGAGGCUCAGGAUUUGGAAAGCAAGCCUCAGGUUCUCUCUGUGGGCUCCCCUACCCCAGGAGAAGGCACAGAAGGGAGUGCAGAUGGGGAAAGCCCUGUGGAGACAGCCUCCAAGCCAGACCUUCAGGAAAUUCUCCAAAAACACGGCAUCUUGAGUAGUGUGAACUAUGACGAGGAGGAGCCUGACAAGGAGGAAGAUGAGGGGGGAAACCCGAGCUCCCCGUCGGCUCGCUCAGAGGAGAAUGCUGCAGCCAGCCAGAAAGCAGCCUCGGAGACAGGAGCUUCCGGUGUGACAGCCCAGCAGGGUGACGCCCAGCUCGGAGAAGUGGAGAACUUAGAGGACUUUGCGUAUAGCCCUGCCCCUCGGGGUGUCACGGUGAAGUGUAGAGUAACCAGGGAUAAGAAAGGCAUGGACCGUGGCCUCUUCCCCACCUACUAUAUGCACUUGGAGAAGGAGGAGAACCGCAAGAUAUUUCUUCUAGCCGGUAGGAAGCGGAAAAAGAGCAAAACGUCCAACUACCUGGUCUCCACAGACCCGACAGAUUUGUCUCGUGAAGGGGAAAGCUACAUUGGCAAACUCAGAUCCAAUCUCAUGGGGACCAAGUUCACAGUGUAUGACCAUGGUGUCAAUCCAGUCAAGGCCCAGGGUCUCGUGGAGAAGGCCCACACCCGGCAGGAGCUGGCUGCUAUCUGUUAUGAAACAAAUGUCCUCGGCUUCAAAGGUCCCAGGAAAAUGUCUGUGAUCAUCCCGGGGAUGAACAUGAACCAUGAGCGCAUCCCUUUUCGGCCACGAAAUGAACAUGAGAGCCUGCUUUCAAAAUGGCAAAACAAAUCCAUGGAGAACCUGAUUGAACUGCACAACAAGGCCCCGGUGUGGAAUGACGACACCCAGUCCUACGUCCUGAACUUUCACGGCAGAGUCACCCAGGCAUCUGUGAAGAACUUCCAGAUAGUCCACGGGAAUGACCCUGACUACAUAGUCAUGCAGUUUGGACGCGUGGCUGAUGACGUGUUCACACUGGACUAUAACUACCCACUGUGUGCACUUCAAGCCUUCGCCAUCGGGCUGUCCAGCUUUGACAGCAAGCUGGCAUGUGAAUGAGAAGCAGCAAGCAGGGGAUUUCUUCACCACAGAGCCUUCAGGACCAGAAAGCUGCUGCCCCCGCCCCCUGCCCCUGCCCCUGCCCCUGCCCCAACACAAGAAGAGCAACAUUCUGCCCCUCUGGGGAGUGAUCGAGUGUGUGUGUGUGUGUGUGUGUGUGUAUGUGCAUGUGUGUGUUUGUUUACACAUGCAUGCACAUUCACACAUGGAUGCAUGGUUUCACACACUCGUUCAUGCCUUCUCUGAACUUCAGAGACCUGGUCAUAGAUUACAGCUUCUCUUGGGUGAGAGAUGGCUUAAAGCACAGGGAAGUAGACAUCCGGGCACACUGGUGUCUCCUGAUCGCACAACAGACUCUGUGUGGUGAGUGUAGCUUUCGUGUGCUCGGGCACUUCCAACAGAGUCAGGUUCUAAUGAUUAAAUACUUGGGCCUCCCGUUUGGAACACCCUUUCAAAGGGGGGAUUUUCCCUUGGAUGCCUUUAGCCAGGAGCCUGCAGACUUCCUCAGCCGUGGUCUGAUAGUUCCUCUUGCACUGACCCCAGUCAGCUCCUUUAGCACAAAAACAGCCAUAACUAGUUGGUGCACAAAGAGUGUAGCUGAGUCCCAAUAAAACUUUUAUUUACAAAGUGGACAUUGGCCUAGUUUGGCCUGUGACUCUGGUUCGAAGGCCUGCCUUGGCUGUGUCCCUGCCCUCCAAGGCUGGAGCAUCUUCCAGGCCGGAAGUGGAGAGGGGGCAUGGUUUACUUUUCAGUAGCAGCAGACCGACAUUUUAUUUUUACUUUAUUUUUUCCCCAUGGAUCUCUGUGUAGCCCUGGCUAUCCUGGAACUUAUUCUGUAGACCAGGCUGGCCUCCGCCCCCCCAAGUGCUGGAAUUAAAGGCGUGCACUAUUGUGCCUGGCCACAGACUCUUAAGAGGAAUUCUUGCCGAAUCCACUCUUGGUAGCUUUUGCCUCAUGGAGAGUAUGGCUGCAGAGUGUCAUAUACCGUCUCAGGACACGCGAUACUAGUUUGUUCGUGGGUCUGAAAGGCUCUGCUGUCCCAGCCUGCCUCUUCCUUGUCCUCAGAGCAGGUUGGUGGGCAGCCAUCUCAGAAGCAUGACUGUGGCCAGAUCUCCAGAAUCUUUGCUCUCUGGAAUCUUAAUCUAGUGUCUCAUUAGAGACACCAAGAGUCUUGGUGAGGCUGACCCUCCACAUGCCAGCUUCGUCCUCCAGCCUUGAAGCCUGGCUCACACCAGUGCAGACACUGCCCUGCGUGCGGAGGCUUUGAGAUCUUGAACAUCUCCCAGCGAAUCAUGACAAAUUCCUCAAGGUCCCCAGCCUACGGCGUACCUGAACUUGAGAAUUCAAAAACUUUGGGUCUGCAUUCAGUGGUCCCCUACUCCCAAACUGCUUCCGAGCACGGGUGAAGGGUCGCUGGCGACUGUUCCGUGGUUUUGCCUGUAUGGAGGAGGUCCCUGCAUCCCGUUGCUCCAUGCUCAGCAUCACACACAGCUGUGUGACAAUGACGACAGCGUGAGAUCUGGGAGGUGAGACCUGUGCUAAGCCAGUGUCUUGCCUGUCCCUUCAGAUGUCACUGUCUCUGCCUCAGGCAGUCGUCCCAUCAAGUGCCUUGUUCAUAAAUGUGCUCUGAAACCUGACACACCUCUGCUUUCCCAGAUUGUUGAUCGAAAGCUGCUCUUUGUCUCCACUUAAAGGGGGCGGGGCUGUGGCUUUCUGCCCAGCCUAGAGAGCUGUAUACUCCCAUUUCAAGGACUCUCUGCUUGAGUGUGCAGGUUUUACAUGAAUCCUAUUUAUACCUUUUGUAUGCCAUAUAAAUAAAGGUAAUUUAUAUAAAGAUGU